UUUCUGUGUAUCUGUGACACUCUGCUGACACCUGGAUAGAGAUACCGGUGCGUCCGGUACAGGACCACCAGGUUCCUGUGCAGCUGCUUCUUCUAUCUAUCUAUCUAUCUAUCUAUCUAUCUAUCUAUCUAUCUAUCUAUCUAUCUAUCUAUCUAUCUGCUCAGUGAUCAGCAGUCGGAGACUUAAGAAGUAAUAUGGUGAGGUACAGACAAAUAAACCUGGGGGAGGUGAAAACAGAAGAGAUGGAGAAAAGGAACAUCUAUAAAAGAGAAACUCAGCCAUUCAGACCCCGUCACCCACUGAUCAACCAGGGAGCCACAUGUUAUCUGAGCAGCAUCCUGCAGGUUCUCUUCAUGACCCCUGAGAUCCACCACAGGUUGAAUCCAUCAAACACCUUAGAUCAGCAGCUAGAACUCACCUUCAAUAACCUGAAAGAAGGAUCAUGUGGAACAGAAAACAUCACAGACAGUCUGGGCAUAAAGAACGUUUAUCAACAGCGAGACGCUGCUGAAUGUCUGGAGAGGAUUUUGAAUGAAGUCAGUCCUGAGGCCUCGCAGGUUUUCAAAGGCCAGCUGAAAGACACUACAAGAUGCUCCAAUGGUCACAUGAUCAUUGAAGAGACCAGUCCUUUCUUCACCCUGCCACUGUCGCUCCAAGGCGGACAUGAAGCACCCUGCAGCCUGAAGACCAGUUUCAGUGAGUUUUUCCUCAGGACAGAACACACUGGAGACGACAUGGUGUACUGCACAGAAUGCAGCCGGAAGACAGAGGGGAGCAGUGGAUACGAGAUGGUGGACUUUCCUCAAAUCAUGACUCUUCUCCUCAAGAGGUUUUACUUUGACUUCAACACCAUGUCAGACAUGAAGUCAAACUGCUGUGUGGAAGUGCCGUUUAAAAUCCAAGCCAUGAAUAAGAGCUACACCCUGUACGGGAUGGUGAAUCACAUGGGCAGUCUCGGAGGUGGACACUACACCGCCACCGUCUGGAGCAGGGAGAACAACACCUGGUACCACUGUGACGACGCUCAGGUGACUGAGGUGCACAGAGAUCAAAAGUGGAGCAACAGGAGUUUGGAAGCAAUGAGACGUACAGGUCCCGUUCUGCAUAUCUGCUCAUGUACAGAGCUUCAGAGAGGCGGAUCGAGGAGUUCAUCGAAGAGGAGGACAAACCCAAACCCCACAAACAAAGAUUCAGGAGGAGUCCCGUCUUCAUCGGUCUUAUUGUGUUUGGCUGCAUUUUACUUGUGGUGCUUAUUGUCCUAUUUCUAGUGAUCGGAGUCAUGUGAAGGAGAACUGUUCGGAAACAUGAUUUCAGCUUUUAAAUCAGAAUUUGAGGAGCCAAGAGAUUUCAUACAAUUACAGGAUUCACUUUAAUGUUGAUGAGUUCAUCACUGACAGCUCUGCUCUAGUAGAUUUGAAAUACAUUUGUUUAGAUAUGGUGAAGCAGUUUUUAGUAAUGUGGCAAAGCGGGGGAUCUAAAUAUUAUAUAGAUGUUGCCAGACAACGCCACCUGGGGAAUUUCACCCCAGGAAAUAAACUAAACUGUUAAAAAGGCUACAGAGGUUCGCCGGAUGACAAAAAGGAGUUCAGAGGUUCCAGGUGAAAAUAAUUUAUUCUAUUCCUCGUUAAGUUCAGUUACAUUCAUUCAAGUUAUUGUUUCAAACAAAAACACUUAAUGGACAG